UAAGAAAGAGAAUUAAGCCACAGGCAGUGUGCAAACUAACGUAAUGCACUGAUCCCGUGUGGUAAACUAGGGGUUGUGAGCGUGAGCUGAUUUUUAAGGAAGCAAAUCUCAGCCUCUGGAGAGGAAUAGUCGCUAGACCUUCUUCAAAGUUUGGGAGACAGAAGACUGCGUUUCCCGGGGCUAUCAGAGACUGAGCUUAACGAUAUUCUUGGACCAACCUGGCAUAAAGAGCAAUGGAGGCCGCAGGGGAGCGCUUUCUUAGACAAAGGCAAGUCCUGUUUCUCUUUGUUUUUCUGGGUGGGUCUCUGCUUGGGUCGGAGUCAAGACGCUACUCUGUGCCUGAGGAAAAGGAGAGGGGCGUUUUAAUAGCCAACAUAGCAGAGGAUCUGGGGUUGAGUGUAGGGGAAUUGGCCACAAGGGGGGCCCAGGUUGUGUCUAAAGGGAACAGACAGUAUUUUCAGCUUAAUCAUCAGACGGGUGAUUUGCUCCUGCUGGAGAAACUGGAUCGGGAGGAGCUCUGCGGCCCCACAGAACCAUGUACACUGCACUUUCAGAUACUAUUGCAAAACCCUUUGCAGUUUAUUACAAAUGAGCUCCAUGUCACAGACAUAAAUGACCAUUCUCCAGUAUUCUUUGAAAAUGAAAUGCAGCUGAAAAUCCUAGAAAAUACUCCACUAGGAACAGUAAUUCCUUUGGGAAAUGCUGAGGACUUGGAUGUGGGAAGAAAUGGUCUCCAAAAUUAUACCAUCACUCCUAUUUCUCAUUUCCACGUUCUCACGCGUAGUGGUAGGGAUGGAAGGAAGUACCCAGAACUAGUGCUGGACAAAGCACUGGACCGUGAGGAUCAACCUGAGCUCAGUUUAACGCUCACCGCCCUGGAUGGAGGCUCCCCAGGCCGGUCUGGGACCACCCAGAUCCACAUUCUGGUCUUGGAUAUAAAUGACAAUGCACCAGAAUUCACACAGUCACUCUAUGAAGUUCAGAUUCCAGAGGACAGGCCGGUUAACUCUGUUAUUGUCACUGUAUCAGCUUCGGAUUUAGAUACAGGAAAAUUUGGGACAAUAUCAUAUGCAUUUUUCCAUGCUUCUGAAGAAAUUCACAACACUUUUCGACUAAAUGCAAUGACUGGUGAUAUUCAACUGGUUAAGUAUUUGGAUUUUGAGGUGGUUAACACUUAUGAAUUCAAUAUAGAAGCCACGGACGGCGGAGGGCUUUCAGGAAAAUCAACUGUGGUAGUUCAAGUGGUUGAUGUGAAUGAUAACCCACCAGAACUGACUGUGUCGUCAAUUACCAGUCCUAUCCCCGAGAACUCACCAGAGACUGUGGUGGCCAUUUUCAGUGUUUCCGAUCCAGACUCUGGAGAUAAUGGGAAGUUGAUGUGUUCCAUAGAGAAUGGUCUGCCCUUUGUCCUGAAACCAUCUAUAGAGAAUUUUUACACCCUAAUGUCAGAAGGAGCGCUGGACAGAGAAAGGCAGGCCGAGUACAACAUCACGAUCACGGUCACGGACUUGGGGACCCCCAGGCUGAGGACCCAGCACCACAUCACCGUGCUGGUGUCCGACGUGAACGACAACGCCCCCGCCUUCAGCCAGAGCGCCUACACGCUGCUGGUGCGCGAGAACAACAGCCCCGCGCUGCACAUCGGCAGCGUGCGCGCCACCGACGCCGACGCGGGCUCCAACGCGCAGCUCACCUACUCGCUGCUGCCCGCCGGCCGCGCGCACCCGCCGCCCGCCGCGCUCGUGGCCGUCAACGCCGACACCGGCCAGCUGUUCGCGCUGCGCUCGCUCGACUACGAGGCGCUGCGCGCCUUCGACUUCCUGGUGGGCGCCACGGACCGCGGCUCGCCCGCGCUCAGCGGCCAGGCGCGGGUGCGCGUCGUGGUGCAGGACGCCAACGACAACGCGCCCUCCGUGCUCUACCCGCCGCCCAACGCCUCGGCGCCCUGCCCCGAGCUGGUGCCGCGCGCGGCCGACGCGGGCUACCUGGUCACCAAGGUGGUGGCGGUGGACGGCGACGCGGGCCAGAACGCCUGGCUGUCGUUCCAGCUGCUCAGGGCCACGGAGCCCGGGCUGUUCGGCGUGUGGGCGCACAACGGCGAGGUGCGCACCGCCAGGCCGCUGGGCGAGCGCGACGCGCCCAAGCACCGGCUGGUCGUGCUGGUCAAGGACAACGGCGAGCCGCCGCUGUCGGCCAGCGUCACGCUGCACGUGCUGCUGGUCGACGGCUUCUCGCAGCCCUACCUGCCGCCGCCCGACGCGCCGCCGCCCGCCGCGCAGGCCGACCGCCUCACCGCGUCCCUGGUGGUGGCGCUGGCCGCCGUGUCGUCGCUCUUCCUCCUGUGCGCGCUCGCCUUCGCGGCCGCGCGCCUGUGCGGGAGGCGCGGGGCCGGCGCGCGCGCGGGCUCGCUGGGGCCCGACGGCCCCUUCCCGGGCCGCCUGGUGGACGUGGGCGGCGCCGGGACGCUGUCCCACAGCUACCAGUAUGAGGUGUGCCUGACGGGGGGCUCAGGGACCAACGAGUUCAAGUUCCUCAAACCCAUUCUCCCCAACUUCCUUGCUCAGGGUGAGGAGAGUGUUCAUGAAGCAAACCCGUUUCAGGGGUCUAUUAAUCUGAUUCGAUAAUACCAUGUGACUUCCUUCUAAAUGUAAUAUAAGCUAGUAUUUGUAAAGGACCCAUAGCACAGCAAUAUGCCUCUUCAUUCAACUAUAUUAUUAUUUUCACCCCCAACAUAGGAAAAUAGAACCUUUUAAUUUGAAAAACAGUCUUCCUGAGACAGUGGUACAGAACACCUUAAAAAACCUUUGCAUCAUCAUAAAUUCCUCACACAUUUGGAA